AUGUAUGGCGCUUCCGAUCCCACAGCUGCAGAGCGCACGGCGUUCCGGCGUGCCGAGAAGCAGUACAAGCUUUACAAGCCACUCAACCUCAAGGGCAGGUCCAGGUCCAGGUCCGGAUCUCGAUCCCACUUUCUUCCCCUUCUUGGGGUUGCCAUCAUCAUCUCUUCUCCCAAAGCCCCCAACCUUGACAUCAUCCAACACUGCAGAAGCAAGCCAUCCGAUGGAGAGGGAGGUGGUGCUGACCUGUCAGCGGUAGUUGACUUCCACGCGCUGCUUGCUGCCGACGGGGAGCUUCCCGCGGGGAUUGGUCGGCGUGACUGUGCCGGGUUCGACCGCCCUGUGUUCUGCUUCUUGGACCGACCAGGGUUCUAUUUCAUUCCUGGUGCUUUAUCAACUGCGGAACAAUGCUGUUGGAUCAGGGAAAGCUUGAAAACAUUUCCACAGCCACCUAAUAGGACUAAUUUGACUGCAAUAUAUGGUUCAAUUUCUGACUUACUCAUCGCUGCUGAAAAUCAAAAGAUAUUGGUUGAAGCAGAAAAUCCUGAUAUCCAAGAAAGAAAUGAACAGAAUAAUUGUGGAGGGAAAAUGGAAUACAAAUACUUCAAAUUUGUGGACUCAGAGAGCCAGAAAGGGGAAGAGCAUAGGUCAACCGCAGCAACUACCCUUGUGAGGAAGCUCCGUUGGAGCACCCUUGGUCUGCAAUUUGAUUGGUCAAAGCGCAACUAUGAUGUAUCACUUCCACACAACAAGAUUCCAGAUGCUCUAGCUAGUCUUGCAAAAAAGAUGGCUAUUCCAGCUAUGCCUUCUGGAGAAGAAUUCAAGCCAGAAGCUGCUAUAGUGAACUAUUAUGGUCCAAGUGACAUGCUUGGUGGCCAUGUUGGACAAAACCUAUUUUUGGGCUGCAAAUGCAUCUUUCUUCUGGGAGGAAAGACAAGAGAUGAAGUUCCAACAGCAAUGUUCCUGCGCAGCGGUGAUAUAGUUUUGAUGGCUGGGGAAGCACGAGAACGCUUCCAUGGUGUACCACGGAUCUUCACAGAGAGUGAUCAACAAGAAAUCUCUGCACUGAUUUCACAACUAUCCAGUGGAGAUGAUGUCUUUAUCUUGGACUAUAUCAAGAACUCUAGGAUAAAUAUCAACGUCAGACAGGUCUACUGA